AUGGAACCUAUAUUCUCUUCCAUUUCGAACAAUGCCUAUGACCUCUACACUCUCCUACGCUGUAUCGGAUUCGCCCAGAAAGCUCGCGUUCAGAUCACUCCCGAUGGAAUCCGAUUUUCCGUAGAGGAGAGCCGAGUUAUGCAAGGACUUGUCUUUCUGGACAAAGCCCUCUUCACAACUUACACUUUCAAUUCAACUCCUACUGCCGGGGGUUCUCAAACCCGGAACGACCAUAACCCAGACGAUGAAGAGCCUGCUGCGUACCCUCAAUUUCUAAUUUCGCUUACUGCUCUCCUGGAAACGCUUCAGAUCUUCGGCAUCAGUGAUACCAAUUCUGUCCCUUCCUUCCCAAACGCCGCUAUACAAAAUACUCCUGCCGGCGCAUUCACUAACCCAGCUCUGUUACUCGGUCGGUCUUGCACACUGCAAUACUCAGAUGUCGGCAGCCCAUUUUGCAUCACGCUCUCGGAAUCUGGGGUUACGACAACUUGCGAACUCACUACCUAUGAAUCAGAUGAUCCUACAUUUGGUUCAGCCGCUGGCGAGGUCGAUAUACCACUCCAACGUGAUGCGAUAGUGAUGAAGAUCAUCAUGCGCUCCUCAUGGCUGUACAACGCUAUCAGUGAACUGGACGCCACGACUCCAACUGUUCUCACCAUCUCAGCCUCUUCAAAGAAAGCACCAUUUCUCACACUCUCUAGUUCGGGGGGACCCUUCAGCGAAUCUAGCGUUACAUUCUCAACAGAAAACGAAACUAUCGAAGGGGAUACACACUACAAAUCCAUUGGCGACAAUGGUCCGAUAGCAUCUAAGAGAGCUAAGCUCGCUCCCGCAGUUACUGAGACAUUCCAAGUAAACCCUCCCUCUACGAUGGGACCCCUUGUUAAGGAGAGCUACCGGUUUGCGCUCAUCCGUAAAGCAGCUCGGGCCAUGGCUGCUGCGACGAAAGUGAGUAUACGAGGAGAUAUCCAGGGUGUGCUGAGUCUACAAUUCAUGAUCGAGCUUGGAAGUGAUGGAAAAGCGACGAGUGAGGCUGGUGUGGCAGGAGUUGCAUAUCCAAGAAAUGUUAGCUUUGUUGAUUUCAGAUUUGUGCCUCUUGUUGGCCAGGAAGACGAGCAACAAGAAGAAGAAGGUGGCGGCAGAUGA